UCAGCUGUCCUCUCCUUCCUCGGGUGCCGCCUGUGUUUUGAGGGGGGUUUCAUCACUUUCCACCAACCAUUGCCCCGACAAAGACACCAGGUUUUCUCUCAACAAGUGUGCGUUUCACCACCUCCACCUCCACACAUUUCCCUUUCCUUCCCAUGCACUUGAGGUCUUGUACCCGCCACAUCACAUCAUUUCAGGCAGUGAAGGAGAGGCAUGGCUGUGCUCAGCAAGAUAUCGGCAAUAUCCCAGUCCCGGGAUGCCAGGCUGUUUGGAGCCACCUCCACGGCAGCUUUCCUGUAUUGGAUCUACUGCGUCAACAAAGCUUCCAGCCAAAAGAAAAGACUGUCUGCAGAGGAUUUGAAGUUUGUUGUGAAUGAGAAAGGAGCAUCCGGUGACAAGAAGAAAGCUCAGGUAAAUGGAGAAUUCUUCAAAUCCCUGAGGGGCAUUCUGAACAUCCUGGUGCCAGGUGUGUGGACCCCUGAGGCUGGCUUCCUCACCUUAGUGGCAGCAACCCUUAUCACUCGCAGCAUGUGUGACAUUUGGAUGAUCCAUAAUGGCACACUCAUUGAAGGUUCCAUCAUAUCCAAGGACAUGAAUGGUUUCCUGAAGCAUCUUGUUGAGCUGAUGCUUGCAAUGCCAGCAAUUUCACUGGUGAACAAUGUGCUGAAGUAUGGCCUGAAUGAGUUGAAGCUGAGGUUCAGGACACGAUUGUCAACACAUCUCUAUGAGAGAUAUCUCAGAGGUUUCACAUAUUACAAGAUGAGCAACCUGGACAACAGAAUCAGCAAUGCUGACCAGCUGUUGACGCAGGAUGUGGAGAAGUUUUGUGACUCGGUGGUUGAGCUUUAUUCCAAUAUCAGCAAGCCCAUCUUAGAUAUUCUCAUUUAUGUCCAAAAACUGACUCAGGCCAUUGGAGGACAGGCACCAGGUGUCAUGAUCCUGUAUCUGCUCUUGUCUGGCACCCUCCUCACCCACCUCCGCCGUCCCAUCAGCCGCCUCACUGUCACAGAACAACGUCUGGAGGGCGAUUUCCGAUAUGUCAACUCUCGUCUCAUCACCAACUCUGAGGAGGUGGCCUUCUAUCAGGGGAACAAAAGGGAGAAGAAGAACAUUGAUACAUCCUUUAUGAGAUUGGUCAAUCAUCUCCGCUGCUUCAUCACUUUCCGCUUCAACAUGGGCUUCAUUGAUAACAUCAUUGCCAAGUAUCUGGCUACCUGUGUGGGGUUCUCAGUGGUUGCAUAUCCCUACCUUACCCCGACCAGACUGUCCAAAAGUGAAUACAAGACUCGCAUGCAGGACUACUAUAGAAGUGGUAGGAUGUUAGUGAAGCUCGCUGAGGCCAUAGGAAGGCUGGUGCUGGCAGGCCGGGAGCUGACGAGGCUGGCUGGGUUCACAGCACGUGUUCAGGAACUGCUCACUGUCUUGAAGGAACUCAACGUAGGGCAGUACCAGCGCACCAUGGUGGAGAACAGGGCAUCCAGUGACAACCUGAGUCUCCUUGCCCUUCAGCCUGGCAGGGGCUUGGUUGUCAAUGAGGACAAUGUGAUCCGUUUUGAGCAUGUGCCACUGGUCACUCCCAAUGGUGAUGUGCUGGUGCAGGAGCUGAACUUUGAGGUGCAGUCAGGUAUGAAUGUCCUGGUUUGUGGCCCAAAUGGGUGUGGCAAGUCAUCUCUCUUCAGGAUCCUUGGGGAGCUGUGGCCAGUGUUUGGAGGAUGCGUCACCAAGCCCAGUGCAGGGAAACUCUUCUACAUCCCCCAGCGACCUUACAUGACCAUUGGCACACUUAGGGACCAGGUCAUCUACCCUGACUCCCAUUCAGACAUGUCCUGUCGUGGGGUCAGUGAUGAUGACCUUAGGGAGCUACUGGGACGAGUGCAGCUGACCCACAUCCUGGAGCGGGAGUGUGGAUGGGAUGCCACAGCAGACUGGAUGGACGUGCUGUCUGGCGGGGAGAAGCAGCGGAUUGCUAUGGCUCGACUCUUCUACCACAAGCCCCAAUUUGCUAUUCUUGAUGAGUGUACGAGUGCAGUGAGUGUGGAUGUCGAGGAUGCAAUGUACCAGUAUUGCCGCCAAGUUGGCAUCACUCUCUUCACAGUGUCCCAUCGCAAGAGUCUCUGGAAGCACCAUGAGUACUACCUUCACAUGGAUGGGCGUGGAUCCUUUGAUUUCAAGCCCAUACAGCCAGACACUCAGGAGUUUGGCUCCUGAAGCUCCCAGAGGCUGUUGUACCUGUUGGAAAUCACUGCACAGGGACAUAGUGGGUGAGGCAAGAGCAGGUAAAAGUUGGUGUCCAUGUCUUUGUGAUGCAGAUAAUAAGGUCACAGCAAAGAGGCUCUUCUCAUAGUGCUGGUGUUCCUGGGUCAGUGCUGUCAUGAUGGAGCGUUCCUAGCUUCUGUAUUCAUAGUUCAACUUGGCAUUUUUUUUGGUGUAUUUAGAUUAAGGAAAGUAAUGCAGUAAUAGUCAGUCAGGCACUUAGCUUCUGGUUUUUUAAAAUAUUAAAGUUUUGAAAAGUCUGUUUUGUAGCACACAUCAGUAUUAUUGAAACCUCUUUCUCUUCUUCCUCUGGCUUCAUGAUUGUUGUUGCUAUUCAUUAUUAUUAUUAUUAUUAUUAUUAUUAUUAUUAUUAUUUUCUUCAUGUGUUCUUCACAAUUAAUAAUAAUAUCAUUGUUUUUUUUUUGUGAUAAUUAUCAUGUAGGAAUGUCAUUCUGGUGUACAAAUAUAUAGAUAGGUUAUUAUUAUCAUUAUUAUAAUCACCAUAAUUGAUAACAGCAAUUAUUAAGCAAAGAGGAAAGAGACAAGAUCAUUCUUAACACUGUCACAAAUUAACUGUAUUGGAGUGUCCCUAAUAUGCCUGAAGCCUCACACACACAGUGACACCACAUUACAUGCUGCACUCUGCUGUUAUUAUCCAACAAGUGGUUAAUAGUCAAAACUUUGUGUCAGCUAUUUUAAUCUGCUUGCUGAUAAUUAUAAAUGGGCAGAGAUUGAGCUUUUGUGGGCAGUAGUGUCUAGAUAGCGUUGAUUUUAUAUAUCUUGACAUGGCGAGAUAAGAUCGGCUUUAGUAAGAGAAUUAGUCCAGUUUUGGAUUUGAAGGACGUACAGUAAAUCCUCAGUAUAAUGAACUAUUUGUGAGGGAAAGGCUGUUUGUUAUAUCUGAAUAUUCACUCUUAUCCAGUAGGCAUACAGUGAGGUCUUUCAUAAGAACAUAACAUAGGGAAGCUGCAAGAAGCCAUCACAUUGUUAUACGAGGAGAGUUGUUCAGUAAUACAUAUUCAGAUAGUGGUUACUCAAGUUUAACUGGAAUUCUGCUACACCUUGCCAAAAUUUGUUUGUUAUAACCAAUGUUUGUUUGGGAGGUCCUGAUGGUUCUUUAUUUUUGCCUCAUAACAAUUAGGAGGGUUAAAUGUGAGGCUUGUUUAAAGUGUCUGAUAUAUUUAAUAUUUAUUAUAUUUGUAUUUAUUGUAUUGAGGACUUACUGUAUCCUGCACUUUCUUAAGCUGGAGUCUGCAAGUCAGGGUUGAGCCAUGAAACAAGUAGGAUCGUUAUGUUCCUCAGGGAUGUGGAAUAGUAAUGUUCCAUACAAUGAGUAUUUCUAAUUUUUGUGCUGGCUUUGUGUGGGUAUUAGUAGUGUUCCCUUGAAGACAUCUUGGGAGGUGUCAACACAACCUUGUACUAUUUUGCCUUGUAUGGUGUUUAAUUUUUUUAUAUAUUUUUUUAUAUUCAUGUCUUAAUCUCCCAGGUCAUCCUGAAAUGUAGUCCACACUCCAUCUGUCAUGAGUAAGAGUCUUGUUCAUGGAAAACAGGAAUUUUCUUCAUAACUCAUUUGCCUCAUGCACUCACUCAUCAUUGACCACUAAAUUAUUAUCACAGGUUUUUAGCCACAGUUUACGUAAAUUUUUUAAAGAUUUGUUCCGUGACUUACGUAUGAUAGUAAUAUUUCUACUCGACACAGUGAAAGAUACUUAUGUAUGAGUGAACUAAUAGUUUGUACUUUUAGGUUUUCAGAAGACUUAAUAAAGCUAUAUUUUGACCAGGAUUAAAAUCAAUAACAUAAUUGAAAUUAGGUCUAAAUUGAUUUUUGUCUCAGACUAGGAAAAAGCAAAAAAAAAAAAAAAAAAAAAAAAAAAAAAAAAAAAAAAAAAAUCAAACACACGAAACAGCAACUUAUGAAUUUUAUAAAUGUACCUAGUGGUGGUGAAAAGUCAAGUAAUAUAUCAUGCCUCCUUCCACUGUGUUCAGCAUUUUUCUCUAUGUCAAGGACUCUGAUCUGUUUAAGAAACCAUCAGAUGUCAGAUUUUAUAAGCAGAUUUAAGCAGAUUGGAAGACUUGGACAAGGAGAAAGUGUAAAACUGCAUAAGUGAGUGCAGAAGGUUACUAGACCUCUGACCAUGAGUGUACUGUUGUGAAAGCAUCCAGAAUGACUACAGAGCAAAUGACUUGGUUUGUGAGCCAGAUAAUUUUUUAGGAAAUGGAGAAUUUUUUAUUUUUUUUUAUUUAACUUUUCUAUCAUAACAACAUAAGGAAAAAAAGAUCAUUGCAAGUAUACAGAAAACUUUAAAUUUGUUUAGCAUUGUGUAUACGAUACUAAAGAAAGAAAGAAGAAAGAGAUAGGAAGAGAAAGGAGGAGACAGGGAAGGUGAUAAGUACGAUAGAUAAUGAGAAGAGAUGAGAAGAUAGGAAAAAAGUUUGAUGGAAGAUAUUGUAGAAUGAGAUAGGGAGUGUAAUGGGUAUAGUAUGAUAGUGGUGGUGGUGGUGGUGGUGGUGGUGGUGGUGAACGGCACACAACUGUCAGCUCAAAAAUGUGUGGGCCUGAAUCUUUUAUUUUUUAUUGAUUGAAUUAUUGCAAGCAAUAUGUAUAACAAAUGUAAUUUAGUUGGUAAUCCUAAAAGUAUGCAAGUAUUAAUUUUCAGUACUUUUCUGCUUCUUCCUGCCUCCUUCACUUGUCCAAAGACAGUUUUAUCCUUUUCAUUCUUUUCACAAGAGAGAGCUGCCUCAUUGAGAAACUGCUGUGAUUCAAGUUAACUUCAUGUGUCAGCCAUAGGCCAUAGUUGAUAUUUGUAAAAAUAUAAAUAUGAAUUGACUACAGUCAAUAUACUGAUGUUCAGGCAGUGCUGUUUUGAGGUAAGUGGUUGGAGGCCAUAGUAUUCUGAACAUGUCACCUAUGGCAUCUGAUUCACUACUUAAAUCAAAAGCAACAUCCAAGAGACUUGCUCUCUGUUGAUAUUACAAAUUCAAAUCAGUGUGAUCUUUUGUCCGUCUUUGUGUUCACUCUUCUACCUCACUAUCACAUUUUCAUUAUCUCUUAAUACCCUAUUUUCAUCUCAGGAUGAAGAGAAUGAAUAAAGGAAAGAGAAAACAAGUGGGCAAGCUGUGUGUGUGUGUGUGUGUGUGUGUGUGUGUGUGUGUGUGUGUGUGUGUGUGUGUGUGUGUGUGUGUGUGUGUGUGUGUGUGUGUGUGUGCAUGCCAGUUAUUCAUUAUGGUGUUGAAGAUCCAUUCUGGGCUGUAGGUAACCAAGUACACCUUCCCAAUGAGAGUUUAAGAGUUCAUGAUAGGUCAGUCUCUGAAUAAGCCCAAGACCUGCAGCACACCACUCACCCCAUCAUCCUCUUGCUAAUGGAUGAGGACAGUAACUUUCCUCACAUCAGUGAAAUCCUUUGCUGCCUGAGUGAGUGCAAGUGUCAGCCUACCAUAUGAGAAGCAGGAUGUUUCUACUGAGAUAAUGAGCUGUGCGUGUGUGUGUGUGUGUGUGUGUGUGUGUGUGUGUGUGUGUGUGUGUGUGUGUGUGUUAUGUGAGCAUCAGUAAUGUAUUUUCAUAUAUUUUACCUGUAUUAUUGUGUUCAGACAUCUGUACAUAUAUGAAGAGGCUGAAGAAAUACAGAAUAACACGCACACACACACAUGAAUCAAUGACUUGCUUCAGUGGUUGUGAUGAUUAAAGUCUUACAUAAUUACAUGAUUUGCUAAUUUAUCAUUGAUAUUGGUACUCAUUGUGUAAAGUUUCUCUAUGCUUUCUUAAGAUUUUCAGAGCAAAAAAUUACACUGAAGUGCAAUUACAAUGCUAAAUGUCACUUAUUACUCUCUCUCUCUCUCUCUCUCUCUCUCUCUCUCUCUCUCUCUCUCUCUCUCUCUCUCUCUCUCUCUCUCUCUCUCUCUCUCUCUCUCUCUCUCUCUCUCUCUUAUUGUUUAUAAUAGUGUUUAUGGUGUAGGUGUGUGUGUACAGUACAUGGGUGUACACUCACAAACACAAAACUAAAUAUUAUUACCAAACAGAGUGUAUUUAUGAGAUGGAUUUGCUACAGAUUAUGUCUUGUCAUUUAUGAAUGAUUGACUGAAGAAUUUUUAUGUAUUUUAUUACUUAGGUAUUUUGAUUAUUUGGCAACUGAUCAGAUGCUUACUUGUGAAUUUGUUACCUUAUUUUUUUUUAUUAUUUAUUGACAAUAGUAGAAAAUGAGUAAGAAUUAGGAUUAUGUUCAGGCGUGCCACAAACCUGACAGGAAUGUUGAGUACUCCUGGUACAUGUGGAAGAAACUUCCCUCUCUGAACUGUACUAAUUCCAUGUUUAUUUUUUAAAUGAUUGACCUCUUGAUAUUUGCUUGUGUUCAGGUCUUAAAUUAAUUUUCUUAGCAUGACUGAGUGAGGUUUUUGUCUUGAUAAAGCCUCUGUGGCAAGGGGGCACAGCCUGGCCUCACAGAGUGUAGCCUGGCUGGAAGAAUACUGCCACUGUACUCCCUGCAAGUCGUAAAAGGCGUCUAAAAGGGACAGGGUGUGGGGACCAGAGGUCCUUUCCUCUGCAUGUUUAUUCCUCUCCCCCUACAAGGGGGAUCUCAGCCUGGUAUAUACAUAGAUAGAGAAAUGGAUAUGUAUAAAUAUUUUACACCAUAGUGAAAAAAAUUAAUCUGUGAUACUGCUCCUAAUAAUGCACUUAAUGCAUUUGAAAUAAAGCAGUUAUAUGUUUGAAAAUAUAACCAAAGUCUGA